AUGGACACCCCCAAUAUCAUCAAUCCUGCCGAAGAGCUACCUGAGAUUCAGUCCGCAGGGGGCCAUCCUCCCGCCGGCGAACCUAUCAUUCACAUGGAACAGCACCCGCAGAUUGAAGUCGAUCUACCCUCCGGCCCAGCAAUCAUGAGUAGGACCAGCAUAAGCAUGUAUAUGAAUAAGCUGACUCGUGGCCAACAGCCCGAUAACACAGAGAGACCUUCCUUGAGGGACCAGCCCUUUGCACCUGCGAUGGAGGCUCUCGCGCGGCUCGAACGUGAGGACCCGAAGCUGGCGUUCCAAGCCGCAAGACUCGUCGGACUGUAUCGGCGCCUGUGGGAGUCAUGCAUGGCAAAGCAUAUGGAGGGGAAGAAGUUGGCCCAAGCAAAUGACGACCUGAGGGAGACUCAACAAAUGCUGACGAACGAAAAGAACAGAAUGCAGUCAAGCCAUGAUAACCAGCUCGCUCAGUUGCAUUUCUUGGAUCAGGCGCUGGAGUCAUCUCGACUCCGUUUGAGUGAAAUACUCAAGGAAUGGAAUCGUUACAGUCAUUCUCGAAAUCGGCUUCACCAGUACACUCUUCGACUCUCUUUCUCAGCCCCACCGCCAAGGUCUUAG